AUGGCGCCGACACCAAGGUCUCGAUAUAAUACGAAACGGGCAACGGCCUGCGAUUCGUGUCGCAAGAAGAAGAUCAAAUGUGACGCCGAGUAUCCGCAGUGCAACUACUGCCUGCACAAUAAUUUCGCGUGCACCUAUACUCGGCUGGACUCGGGAUCGAAGAAAAGAAAGACGAGCGACCAAGAACUCCAUGGCGAGCAGCCUGCCACCCAGAAAAAUCUGUCUUCUACUAAAAUCUCAAUGGUCAAUCUGGGCUUGAUGUAUCUCAACGGCAUGCGUCAUACCCCGGAUGAAGGGCGAGCGUGGAUUGAAUCCCGCACGGGUGAGACCGUUAACAUGGAUAAACUAAACACAAUGGAGCUGCCGUGGACUAAAGCUGGCCCUGUCAGGCCAUCUUCAACGAUCCCGAAGCUCCCCGCUCGCCCUAUUAUUGAGCAGUAUGUUGAUAUUUAUUGUUCGUCAUACCAAAGUCUUGUGUUUCCAGUGAUUAGCAAAUCGCUGUUUGCUGAAACACUGGAUCUUGCCUACGGACCGCAGGGCCAAGAUGCAGAUAGUGCCAAGUCUUGCAUUUAUGCCUUCCUGUCGGUGGUGAUUAUAUUUGGAUUCGAGACUAAUCUGGGCGAUGUGCUUGAUUGUGAGACGUAUGCCGCAGCCGCUCAGAGUUUCACAGUACAAAUCAUCAACGAGAUGACUAUAAAUGGUCUUCAGGCUCUGAUCAUGCUUACGCAGCACCAGUACUUUCUGGGCGAUUUGCAAAGCGCCGCAGUCUCCGUGUCAAUCGCCAGUCGGCUAUUAUUCAAGCUUGGCGCACAUACCGUGUCUACUCCCGCCGUCUACAACAAGAGCCAACCAGAGUGCCACCUACGCGAUCUUUUCUGGCUCUGCUACUCUUUCGACCAAGAUAUUUGCCUCCGGAACGGACAGCCGCCAUCUAUCUCGGGAGUGUUCUGUAACCUGGACCUUCCACCAAACUACAAAGAGCUUCAGGAUUCUAAUAUGCAGCAAGACCAAAUCCUGUCCAUUGGUGACGAUACGCUUCCCCUGUAUCCCUGGGACCUUCGCCUCUCUCAAUUAAAGUCCGAUAUAUAUGUGGCUCUCUAUUCAACAGCCGCGUGCCAGAAGCCCAACUCAGAGAUCUUGGAAAACAUCCGUAAUCUGGACCAUGCCUUGGAACAGUGGCGAACAAGCCUGCAUCCUGAUAUUCGACCGCCGUUGCAAUUCUCUCCGGGGAUGCCCACGAAUACACACCUCAAUACCCAGGCCGUGUUGCUACGAUUAGCUUAUUAUCACUGCGUCACAAUUAUCCACCAGGCUAGCGAGCGGCAUCAUGACGGGCCUGGGAUAUGCUCAAGUAUAAGCCUAGCUAUUAGUGCCAGUCGAUCCACCCUUUCAUUCCUUCAAACCGCAUUACCCGUCGUCGAAGGCGAAUGCUUCUGGGUUGUCAUCUUCUACGUCAUCACCGCCAUCUUGACGCUCUUCCGUAACAUCCUGAAGAAUCCAUUGGACCCUGCGAUGGCGGACCUUGUGGACGUGCUGCAAGAUGUUCCCAGUUUGAUCGGCAGGAUUCCCAUUCGGACGCUUACAUUCGGCCCAAUGAUUCAUCUAAGGUUUUUGGAUAAUUUUACUGGGGAGCUUGCGAGGCUGGGGAAUAGCGCAAUCCUGAAGGCCGAGCGUGAGGUGGCUGCUUUGGCGGAUGGUCAUGAUACUGUACAUACGUGA